AUGCGAAGCUCGAUUAAAGGAAGUGUAUGUACGUAUGGCCUUAACAAUCAGGCUGGCUACUUAUUCGAGCGCAAUCAAGACGCCUUGCGCCAACGUAGUUUUGGUCGUGCACGAGGUAUUCCAGGAACCCCAUUAAAGAGAUUCCGUGAUCAAAGCAGUGACACUGAUGAAGAAGCACAUCGGCAUUUAAGAAUGGGAUCUGAACGACGUGUGGUCCUGGAUGGAUUCAAACGGAUGCGAGUGUCGUCACCGACUGAGUCGCCUGAAAGCGACGUAGACUUGGAUAUGACGGACGAAGAGGUUGUGACGCCAAGAACUACCUGGCGAGCAAACAAAGCUAUUGUUCCAGUAACAAGUAACAGUAACAAGCGACCAUUGCAAUUUACUGCUUCAGCGCCAGCAGAGUCGUGGAAAAUGAUGCAUCGACGUGUUAGUGGACACCCGAUGGAAAUUUCAGAUGUCGAUUCAUGUCGUGCCAUGGUCGUGUUUAAUCCGUACCAGUCGAUGAAUUUGUCACCAACUCCACGUGUUGAUCUUGUUGAGGAUAAGGAGAAUGAAACCACGUCAUCGUCCGAGAGUGACGAAGAGCACGGUGUACGGUUUGAAGAAUUAACGUCUGACAAUGAUGAGCCUGUGGACAUGGACAUUGAUUGA